ACUCUUACCGGCCUAGCCGCGGUUGGCAGAAUCGUGCCAUUUUGAGAAACCAGUCAAUUUGUCCUCACCGUAAGGUCUAUAAAGGCAGUGUAAUUAGCUGUCUUGUGAAAAUUAAAAACAAGUGAAUUCCCUUUAGGGGGAAGGUAACGCUUUUCAAGUCCAAGCUCAUUAUUUUGCAGGAUGCAUGCACUUCUGUCAAGAUAGCACCAGAGAAAUAAUGCAGCUUUGGUAGCGAGAACACUGUGUCUAGGGUUUUCUUUUUCAUGGAAUGUUAAUUUCUGUGGGGAAGAACGAAUUCAAGGACCGAAUCUAAAAGAAACGUCUAUUUAAUUAUUUUUCUAAUGGAAUCAUUAUGGAAGCUCUUCUAUUUGCUCGAACCUGCCCCUGUCAUUCUAAUUUUAACAGCAGUAGCUGUGACCUAUGGAUCGGCAUUUCGAGCUCUGAAUUAUGGAAAGGAAAUGGAACGAAACCGUGAUUUGUCGGAGGCGUCCAUCACUUUAGAUAGGUCCCAAGCGCUCAUGAUACCCAUAUUGAGCUCUUGUAGCCUGCUUUUGAUGUUCUAUCUGUUCUCAUCGGUAUCACAGCUCCUUACUGCAUUCACAGCCGUAGCUUCGGCCUCUUCCCUCUUCUUUUGCCUUUACCCUUAUAUCACUUAUGUGAAGACGCAAUUCGGGUUGGUGGACCCAUUUAUUUCUCGGUGCUGUUCGAAGUCGUUCACUCGAAGCCAAGGGAUUCUGGUAGUGGUAUGCACAGGAAUUGUCACAGCGUGGCUGGUCUCUGGGCAUUGGAUAUUGAACAACUUGCUGGGCAUCUCGAUUUGUAUUGCAUUUGUUAGCCAUGUCCGUCUUCCAAACAUCAAAAUAUGUGCAAUUCUCCUCGUUUGCUUGUUCGUGUAUGAUAUAUUCUGGGUUUUCUUCUCUGAGAGGUUCUUUGGGGCAAAUGUAAUGGUAUCGGUUGCCACACAACAGGCCUCUAAUCCUGUUCAUACUGUGGCAAAUAGUUUGAGUCUUCCAGGGUUGCAGUUGAUAACCAAGAAACUGGAGUUGCCAGUUAAGAUCGUCUUUCCCAGGGAUUUAUUGGGUGGGAUGGCUCCAGGAGGCAACUCGUCAGACUUCAUGAUGCUUGGGCUUGGUGACAUGGCUAUUCCAGCCAUGCUUCUUGCUUUGGUCCUCUAUUUUGAUCAUCAAAAGAGCAGAGAUUCAGCAGGAGUGUUGGAUAUAUCUUCUUCCAAAGGGUACAAAUACAUUUGGUAUGCUGUUUCAGGAUAUGCCAUUGGGUUGGUGACUGCUUUAGCAGCUGGGAUAUUGACUCAUUCACCUCAGCCAGCCCUUCUUUACCUGGUGCCCUCAACUCUAGGACCAAUUAUCGUCAUCUCGUGGCUGAGAAAUGAACUCACAGAGCUAUGGGAGGGAACCAAGCCAAACCUGAAUGACAAGUCUCGGUUACCAGAAGCUUGAAUAGUUGAAUCGGAUCUCCAUGAUCCAGUAGCCGCAGUAGUACUUGCAGAGCCAACUUAUACUGUAAAUUCCAUCCAGAUAGCUUUGUCCUUAUUAGAACCGUAAUAUAGCAAUAACAAUUUAACAUCUCAUAUGGUAUUUAACCACUAUCUGCACAUUUCUGCCUCUCAUUGUCCAAAAUACACGGUAUAUGACCUCA